CAUAAUAUAUAAGAUAUUUAAUCUUGAUUUUGUAUCAUUUUUAUCAUCAAUGAAAGGUCAACGUUUUCGAUAAAGAAUUUCUGCAUUUGUUAUUUCUUUUCCAAUGGUUAAUUAUGGCUUUUCUUCGUGACAGGGAUUGAAGGGAGAAGAAGAAGGCAAACGAGAAAAUUUAUCGUUAUUGAUGCAGUUUGUGGAUUUUACUCUGUCAUCAACUGAAAAUGUCCGGAGAAUUUUGCAGGCAGACUGUGAUGGAGCGAAUUUCGUUCUUCGUCCUUGGAUUGUAGAGACUUUGGUGACUCGCCAAGUUGAUGGGGAUUGUUGCACUUGUGCUCCAAUUCCAGACGCAGAGUCACAAGCACAAGAAAUUGCCACAGGAAUCAAAACGGCAUUGGCUCAGGCCCAAAAAUUUAGAGAAUCCAUAUCUUUGAAAAAUGCAGAAGCCAAACGAAAAAAUUCGAAACCCACUCUGCAGAAUAUUUACGCACCACAUCAACCUAAAUCCAAAGCUAAAACAACAGUCAAAGAGCAGGAGAACCGAAAUCAUGCGAAAGUUAACAUGAUUGAUAAAUCAGAGAAGUCGAAGCCGAAGAAUUUCAUCGCUGCAAACAAAAUGAGUGUCAGAAUGAUGAGCCAAAAUAAUUCGAAAUCCACCAAUGAUUUGAGGAAUGCAGGGAAUAGCAAAACUAGUCUAAGGGCUAAAUGUAGAUAUCCAUCAGUCACCGAAUUACAUAAUCUUAUAAAAAAAAUUUCACUGGAGUCAUCCAACAGCGCUUCGUCACCUUCCUUGGUGCCCCUUGCCAAUAAUUGUCCAGUCCACGGUGAUAAUUCUUCAGGGCUGUUUACCGAGCGAAAACGAGUUACUAUAGACCUCGUCGAGGCUUUAAAUCGGUUCGGAGUUCCGGAGGAGUUGCUUAAACCAUUGAAAAUUUAUCAUUCUUAUGUGAAUAAACAAAAUGACGAGAAGAAGAGGGAUGGAGUGAAGACAUUUUUGGAUGAUUUGAAUUCAUUCCAUCACAAUCAAUCACAGACUUCUGGUUCGAAUAAUCACGUUAGGCUUAUCAAAGGUUUUGGAGAAUUAUAUCGGGAUCUGCACGAAACUCCGGAGAAUUCUGCAUUGCACAAGAAGAAAUAUUUUGAGUUGGAUAAUUUGAGUAAAAUAUCGAAAGUAAAAAAAUAUGAUGUACUGAAAACUCGAAGGUCAACUGCCAAUGGGUUCAAGUACGGGUACUCUGUCGCUAAGGGAUGGUUACAGAAUGGAAUAUGGAAUCAAACUAGCUACAAGUAUUUUCUGAUGUUCACUGAGCCAUUAACCAUUCAAUAUUCCGACAAGAACGAGUUACUGUCUUUGUUCGUGAUGAUCCAACGACUUCAACAGACACUUUAUCAAAAGGAUUUAAAUGACUUGAUAAUUAAUAGUGUGAUACCUUUCAUGAAGACCUUGGAUCCAUCAUCUGAGGAAUAUUUAUAUUUAUAUAAGAUGAUUUUCUCGAUUGCCCACGUACUUAAUCCUCAACUUCCGGUUCUUGUAAAAACAGAAGAUUAACCCAUGGGAAAAUGCUUCAAUGGAUAAUGGAUAAUUACUAUUUGGUCCUCCCAAUUAGUAGAAAUAUUCAGACUAAACAGGCGAUUUUUAAAUUGUUCUUCUGAAUGAAUAGUUUUACUUUACCUACUAUUUUCAUGAGACAUUAACCAUCUCCUCUACUUGUCAUGAACUAAAUAGCGUAAUUUGAUCCCAUUCCAUUGGUGAUUUCUCAAAAAGGAAAAAGAAAUCAACAGGUAGAUAUUUACGAAACUUCCAUUUUCCCAUUUCUUUCAAACAAUUUUUAAUAUAAGCAUAUGAAUUACACAUGUAUAGAAAAGAAGUGUAAUAAAAAUAUAUCUGCAUGUACUGAAUCGAGGUUAGAUUGUUGUAUUGUUUUUUGUGCUAAAAUAAGAGUAAUAAUUGGAUGGA